GUCCCUCUACCCCCUUUACGUCGAUCGUGCGUGACCCGUGCACCGACAUUACAACUCAUUCCAAUAAUAAUUUAAUCACUGUGAUAACCGGUGAUAACAUUGCGCUUCUGCACUUUUACACGGCCGUCGCAUAUUCACAAACGUAACAAUGCCGCCGACAGCAGCAGCCACUGCCCCUUCGCACAUGUAUGACUACCCCGGUGAUGAUGUCCGAGGAAAAGGAAUCAACGCCGUGUUAUUGGGGCCGCCAGGCUCCGGUAAAGGAACUCAGGCUCCGUUACUCAAAGAAAAGUAUUGUGUGUGCCAUUUAUCAACAGGAGACAUGCUGAGGAGUGAAGUUGCUGGUGGUUCUCCUCUGGGUGCCAAGCUGAAAAAAAUCAUGGAUGAAGGUAAACUAGUCAGCGAUGAUCUGGUAGUCAAUAUGAUUGACAGUAAUCUGGACAAACCCGAGUGUAAAAAUGGUUUCCUCCUUGAUGGCUUUCCCAGGAAUGUAACACAGGCUGAAAAGUUGGAUAGUUUGUUAGAACGACGUAAAACGCAAUUGGAUGCCGUCAUUGAGUUCGGCAUCGAUGACAACUUAUUGGUGCGCCGAAUCACCGGCCGUCUCAUCCAUCCUCCAUCUGGACGUUCCUACCACGAAGAAUUUGCGCCGCCGAAAAAAGCGAUGACCGAUGACAUUUCCGGCGAGCCGCUUAUUCGCCGUUCCGAUGACAAUGUCGAUGCGUUGAAGAAACGUCUGGAUUCGUACCAUUCGCAAACGAUGCCGCUGGUUUCGUACUAUCAACAGCGCGGUAUUCACUAUCGCGUGGACGCUGCGCAAUCAGCGACGGCUGUUUUCUCUAAAAUUGACUCCAUCUUUAUGCGCUCGCGCAAAGUGUCCUCGGCACUGCGGAUUUAAACCAAACGCACAACGUUUAUAUGUUUACAUAUCAGUCCGAUCUUCUGCAAUUAAUUUGCAAUUAAUCUGUUAAUUAAUUGUCAUAACUGGGUCUUCCAACUUCUAGACAAUUACCACCCUGGUGUGAGUUAUUCUGGGCACGUUUACAAUAGAUUUACGAAUGUGGACGUAAAUAGUCUUUAUGAUGAACUAGUUGGUGGCAUUUUAAAUAAAGAGGGAUGCAUUUAUUGAUUAUAAAAA